CUUACCUUUUGGUCUUUCCAAGUUUUCCUGUCGUUUCAUCGACGCCUGAAGCUCAAAAUCUCGAGAAUCAGACGUGCCGAAGUGCAAAGAAAUUGCAAUAGGCUCAAGAAGGUGACCGUGGAUAUGAAACGACAUGAAAUAAAUAUCCAAAUAAAAGGAGAGGUACAUUUGUGCAGUGGUUCUCCACGAAAGAAAUCCAAGAAAGAAUGAUAAAAUCAUGAUACAUCAUCUUGUCAUGCAUCACUAGUUAUCAUUGUGUUCAUAUCAAGUUACUUUGACGGAUUUUGUGUGUUCAAACAAGCUAACACUCAAAACAUCAUCAUAGUUAAUCAUUACAUACAUUGCUCUUCAUAUAUAUAUAAACAUAUAUGUAUAUAUAUAUGUAUACAUAUAUUUACCAAACAAGAUUUUUAAAUAUAAUUCUAUGUAUACACGCGAGUAGCCUUAAACAAGAGUUACUGUAAGUUUUUAUAAUUGUGGUGCCAUUUGAUAUAAUCAGCAGGAAAAUCAAAUUAGUUCCAAGAAGAGAUACAAUAAGUACACAGUGUUUCUCUGUCUCAGACAAGAAUCAGUUUUUUAAACAAUGCUCAAACGGCUACAAGUACUCUUAAAUAGCAUAUAUCAGAUACCGAGUAAAAAUCUGUUCUGACAUAAUCAGUGUUUACAACAAAAAAAUAUUGUAAGUCUAAGAAGAGGAUGCACAACUGUCAGAGGAGAUUAUGUUCUGUGAUUAUAGUGUUGUGCAAAAUUAUUCAUCUUUACAUACUAUGUAUGACAGACAAAUGAGUUAAUUGUAAUAUAUUUUUCCAUGGAUAAAAUAUGUUAACAUAAUUGUUUUUUAAUGAACAUUGGAUAAGUCUAUUUUGGAAGAAAGAGAUAAACAGUGCUCGUAUUUGCGCAAGCAACAGGAGACCUAGGAAGAAGACAUUGUACCGACGCUAAAGGUACACGUGAGAAAGUCCUAAUGCUGAAAGGAAACUUAUCACCGUACUUAGACACUCAUAAUGACGAAGAGUCGUCUUAUGUAACCCUCAGCAAUGGACCGUACGUGUAUGUAACCGACUCUACUGACACAGAACCCAAUAAUAAUCACGUCCUUGUAGAUGUAUAUUUUUUAACCCCUAUUCUUUGUAAACAUUGCGAAGAUUAUGUUUGGGGUACUGGAAAGGUGGGAGUUCAUUGUAAAGAGUGCCAUGCGUGCUUCCACUCGGUCUGCUCGGAGUACAGCGGGCAGCACCUCUGCCAAUGGAAUAGCAAGGGUCACGCGCUACCGGGCCAGGUUCUCGACAAGGACAAGCCCGUCAGCGAGUGGACAUCAUUGAACGUCGUCGAAUGGAUGGCUGCCCUAAACCUCUACCGCUAUGCGGACGUUUUCAAAUCGAAGGACAUCAAGGGCAGCGAUCUUCCCUAUCUGGACAGGGAUAAGCUCAUGAACAUGGGCAUCAAGGAUGAGUUCCACCAGAGGACCAUUUUAGCCUGCAUCGACGAGCUGUGUCACGCUGCACCGUCGCUUUCGUUGCCGCAGGUUGGCGCCUCGGCCACACCAACCACGUCCACUGUGGUCACCGACUCGAUCUCUUCUGUCGCCGGUCCUUCGGCUUGCAAUAAUGCUCACACCCUCAUGCCGCAGAGUUUCAGCGUGUUAGAGAAGUGCGACAAGUGCCAUAAAUACCUCAGGGGCCUCCUGCAUCAAGGCUUUCUCUGUCUAGAUUGCGGUCUGGUAGCUCACAGGACGUGUUCAGCGACGGGUUUACCCUCGAACUGCGUGCCAGCCGACUCGGAAAAUCGUGUCCAUAGAUUUACUCCAGUAUUCGGUCUUGGUUUGUGCUUGCAAUUCGAUACUUCCACCCGUACCGCACCUAUCCUGGUGGAACGGUGCACCCGUGCCUUGGAGGAGAAGGCGUUUGCAGAUGGCACGCUGGAUCUUUAUAAAGUCUAUCACAGUAGUCCUCCUAACGAGCAAACGUUGGAGCUGCGGCAAAAGUUGAACGACGAUGUUUGUAAAGCAGAUUUGAAUUCCUACACCCCGCAGUGCGUCGCGAGCGUGCUGAAGAAGUUUCUACGAGAAUUGCCAGAUCCAGUGAUCCCUGUUCAGUUCUACGAUAGGUUCAUCGAGGCAUCCAAUACAAAGAAUGACGAACAAUGCGCUCAACGUUUAGCACAGCUGGUCCUUGAGCUUCCAGAACAUCAUCGUACGACAUUGUUUCACUUGAUGGCUCAUUUCUGUCGAAUAUGUCAGCUGCAACACGCGAGAGGCUACACGGAACCGCCUACCAUCCUUAUACAGGUCCUCUGUCAUAUUUUCGUCAGACCACCUUGGGAACGGAUCGUACAAAUUGUUCACAACAUCGAGGCACACAUACGCAUAAUAGAGAUACUUUUGUUGCACGGCGAUUGGAACGAAAGAUUGCCGCAAUUCGCCAGCCCUCCGCAGCUACCACCGCGAAAAGUUUCCAGGCCACAGUUUCCGGUUUUAGAUCCGUUCCCUGUUCUUGACGAGGAUAGUCCCAUGGCUCCAUCAACGUCCACCGCGGAAAGCAAAGAUCAGCAGCAACAGCAACAGCAACAACAGCAGCAGCAGCCACAACAGCAACAGCAGCAACCUCAUAGACCCCGUACAUUGCAAGAGGCGGAAUGGUAUUGGGGAGACAUCACGAGAGACGAGGUGAACGAGAAAAUGAUCGAUUCACCCGAUGGCACUUUUUUGGUUCGUGACGCUUCAUCGAAGGGAGGGGAAUACACUCUGACGUUGCGUAAAGGUGGGACCAACAAGCUUAUCAAGAUUUGUCAACGGAACGGGAAAUAUGGCUUCUCGGAGCCGUAUAACUUUCAUUCGGUUAUCGAGCUGGUGGAUCACUACAGGAAUUGCUCUUUGGCGCAGUAUAAUUCCACGCUGGAUAUUAAACUGUUGUACCCCGUCUCUCGGUUUCAACAGGACGAUGAAAUUGCAAGUACAACCAAUAUGGCAAACGUCGCACAAAAAUACGUCGAACUCGAUAAAGAGAUAACCGACGCGUUGAAGGAGUACAGAGGCUAUUCGGAAAUGUACAACAGAACCGCCUUCGAGGUGCAACUGAAACGACAAGCGUUGGAAGCAUUCUCGGAGGCUAUUAAGAUGUUCGAGGAUCAGACGAAAUUACAAGAGAAGUUCCAGAAAGAAGCUCAACCGCACGAAAUAUCAACAUUAACCGAAAACGCAGAACUGUUGAAACGAAGACUGAAAUCCUUAGAAGAUAGCAGGGAGCAAUUGGAUCGUUGUUUAAAGGAACAGAUUUCUUACAACAGAACUCUCGAAAGAGAAAUGCAGAAAUUGAAACCGGAACUCUUACAGCUCGUACGCCAAAGGGAUAAGCAUUUAAUAUGGUUGAAGAAAAAUGGCAUGAAUCAAAACAAAAUCAACCAGCUUGUAUUAAACCAUUCGAAUCCUGUACUGGGCGAUUUGUACGGCGAUCUGCAAGAAGUGGAUCUUGAGGUUCAUUCGGAUGAAAAGACGUGGCUUUAUUUGGAAUGUUCUCGUUCGGACGCUGAUCGUUUGUUAGCAGAGAGGCCAGACGGUACCUUCCUUGUUCGCACGUCGAGAACGGGACAAUACGCUCUUUCAAUCAUGUGCAAUGGUACGGUGAAUCAUUGCAUAAUAUACGGUACAGAACGUGGCUUCGGUUUCGCCGAACCGUACAACAUUCAUAAGAGUUUGAAAGACUUGGUGCUACACUAUGCUCAGAAUUCUUUGGAAGAACACAAUGAGAGUCUGAACACGACUCUAGCUUAUCCGGCGUUCGCCUCGCCUGCUGCGCUGGCACAAUUACAGGCUCAACAGAUGCAGUUGCAGAUGCAGAUGCACACGCAGAACCAACUACAACUGACGCGUCCUCUCGAGAAUCAAUUUAUGCCGCACACGUAAUACUUGUGUUACGAUUAACCUAGCUGACCGAUUUACACGAAUGUUGUUACGUACGCGUGUGCACGCACGCGAGUUUUCCAGGAUAAAAACGGUCUCGUUCGUUUUUUCCCCGAUCGGUACGAUGGUGUCUUUGUCUCAAGAAACGCGCGACAAUUGAUCGUUCCAUUUUUUUUUUUUGUUAUUCUAAGAGAGAAACGCCGUUUCCUCGAUCGAAAUAUGGUGGUAUCGAUAAUACAUCGGAUAAACGUUGAUAAGUGGUAGCGGUAGUAUUACUCAAAAACAGUGUAGUUUAUAAGACGAAUAUAUAGCGUGCGUACAGUUCCGUGGCGCAAUAACAAAAAAAGAAAAACAAAAACGAUUACGUUUUACUCGACAGGACCACAGUGACACGUUGCGUCGUAGCUUUCACGAUUAGUUUCUCAGGGUCUUGCAGGCCUUCUUCGGAUAAGGUCGUCACGACGAUCGUCUCGAAUAUUCGCUUUGACACGCAUGCGUAAACAAGAAAUAUCGGUACUUUUGGGUCGCUGUCAGUUUAUAAUCGUUGAGGUGCGCCGCAUUUUAGAACGCGUUUAAUUCCAUCGAACACGUCAGAAUCACAGAGGCAUAUAUCUAGUCUUCAACAGGCAAUUCGACGGAUGAAUGAAGCAAAAAUACAUAAUGAGAGCUAAACGAAAAAAAGUAAGUCUGAUACCGCUCAAACUACUCACCGUUUCGAUUGGUAAUCAGGGUAGUUACGCUAAUUAACACUGUUAACGCAAAUCGUAUCGUCUGUUCCUUCGUAAAGAAAAAAGUAACACGGAUCGAAUCACCAUAGUAGACCGCUGUACUUCUGACUUCUUCGAUUUUUCUGUUUUGCGAAGAUUUUUCGAACGCGACCCACGGACAUAUGGUUUUACGUCGCUAAUGCGAUCGACGAAGUAAGAAAUCUUCGACGGUGAUAUUAGAGUAUAAUUAGAUGCAUCCGUGGCACGAUGCUGACGAGAGACGUUUUUCUAGCGAUUAUACAAUAAAAUUCACCAGCAAAAGAUAGCAAUCGUCGCCGCGAGACGACGAAGAGGAAUAAGGAACGACUCUGCUUUCGCUCGAUUUUCGAUUGAAAGUGUGCCCGCCGCAAUUCGACGUUCAUCACAACGAAAUUUUACACGGAUGCGCGCGGGUGUUUCUGUUUUUUUAUAUGUUAGAUUUCAAGUGCUGUGUGCCAGACCUCUGUGCAGGUUGCGUGCGUUUCGCACGCUUGUACGCGAAGAUAAUUUCACGUGAAGUUAAAAAAAAAACGUAUUAUCUGUGAUUUCGGAUUGCCGAGAAAGGAGGUAUAUUAUAUAUAUAUAUACAGAUGUAUCGUGUCUAUUAUUUUCCAGUCGCUUUUUUAUUAUUCACUUAUCUUCUUCUUAUACUUUCCUGUAGAAUUUAAAUUACGAUGUACGCGCGUGAUCGUCGAAUGAUAAACAGGCAGGUUCGCGUCGACGAUAGCAUUGUCCCGCGACCGAUACGUGCAAAUGCCAUUCGUGAUUUUAUUAUUCGUAUAUUUUUCUUAUUGUUCGCACGAGAAUGGUACUUUUUAUAACGCCGCGUUCGAAAUUGUUGUAAGUUCGUCGAGGCUCCUCCUAUCUCUUCGAUUCGUCGAGUGUUCUACCUCGAGAUGAAAAUUUCUUGCGUGUAAUCAGUAUUCGUUUUGUAUUGAAUAUUGAGGAAAUGUACGUGUAUCGUUGGUCAAUAAGAUUCGUUAACACGUUGUUCAACGAAGUGCAAGCUAACUCGAAGUUGAGAACUUAUUAACGGAAAGUUCCGAGUAAUUUCGUAGAUAGCGAAUGUGGACAAAGAACGGAAAGUAAGAAAAAUUGAUGUUAAAUCGCUUGGACGAUAAAAUGUUUGCAGUUUUGAUAACAAAAGCGCUGUAUAAUUAAGCGAUGUCGUACCUAAUUGUAGUAGUAGCGAUUAACGUGUUAACCUGUUAAGCGCGAUUACGCGACGAGUUAACUCAUCGUACAUUACGCGUAUGCGAGUUGUCAGACGACGAGUCGGUUCUUAAACCCAUACGAGUUAUCUCUCGAGCGCGAUACAUUUGUGAAUUUCUCACUCGACUUAACUGACCCUCGUAACUUACAUACGAGUUUUCACUCGACGAGUUAACUGUUCGCACGCGUUCAACAGACCAUCGUUCGUUACACGAGCACGAUCUCGAGGUGGAUCAGAGUGUCUUUCUCGCUUUUCGUAUCGGUAUUCGCGCUACUGUUGAUCUCACAAACCUAAACAGGAAUCACGUGCAUGAACAGUGAUCGGAAGAAGUAUCCCCCGAAUCCCUUGCAACUGAUCGGAGCUCGAGAAAUUUUGUCGAUUACAGUGCGGUCCGUAAUCGGAAAAGUGCAUCGAGUGUACGAUCCAAGUGAUUCACCUUCGAUCGUUAGCGGUCACUUCGAUCGACCGGAUGAUUCUUUCGAUCACCGAUGUGUACCACGGUUCUCGUUUACCAAUAUAGUCAGAGGAAAUAUAGAUCGAUACGCAGAAGCGAGGAACGAUCUCUAGCGGUGGGAGCAACGACGAUUUUCUUUUUCUUCUGUUCUUUUCUAUUCUACUUGUUCAGUGUAAUACAGGAUGACGAACUUCGAGAUACGGAGGGAAAACAAUGUAAACGAGAGAUCGGCUUGUAAGAAAAAGGGAGAAAAGGCUCGUUGCUCAUCCUAAAGGCUUCGAAUUACCGUAGAUUUAUAGGUAGCUUAAGUUUUUUAUACGAGAGAAAAACAAUUUAAGUGCCCUGGCGACGAUAGGCUUGUAUUUGUGAUUGUCCAAUCGCGUGCAGGUGCAGUUAUCGAUCAUCGCUGAUCGCGUCUUCGAAUCGCGCGUCUCUUUUUUUAAUCGACAAAUAUGAACAUCGUUUUAUCGAGUCAUUGCUUCUUCGUAGGAACAUGUUUCCGGUUUCAUUGACGAUUCACGGGAAAAGGGUCGCUCGAACAAAGAACGACGAGCGUUAUUAGAACCCAUCGAGCGUGUAAUUAAAGAUGUCAUUAGAAUUUCAAAUACGUGAUUAGAGUAAGAAAGUCAAGACGCGACUUCGCGUGAAUAACGAAUGUGAAACGUGUUAUCCGGAAACGCGCGAUUCGAUGACGAUAAAAGUGCGUGACUCUUUUUCACGCGUUUUACCACCCAUUAAACUGCUGUUUAACGACGAGCACGAGAUCAUUGGCUAGAAAUUUGAUGGCAGAAUAGGUGAUACAAUACGACGAUGUCGAUGACACAGGCUGUGGUUGCAAUGAUGGUGCAAUUAAGCACAGAGUAUUUGUUUGUGCAGAAAUGAAUCGAAAAUGUGAAGCUUGAUUUUGAAAAUAGAGUCGAGUACAGUAGCGUUCGUAAGUACAUAGUUUUCUGCAAAUUGUAAACGAAUCGAUUCGUCAACAGACUAAUUAGAAGUUUAUUAAAAGUGAUCUAUUCUUGAUAUAUUGACGUAUACAUUUGUAAGCGAUUACUACUUUAUAUAUCGUGAUCACGAAUAACCAACAAUUAUUUUAUCAUUUUAAAAUUUCUGCGAGUGCUUUCGAAGAUUUUCGACUGAUUUUAUCUACAUAUUUUACCUAUAAAUUAUUUACAAGUGUUUUAACGUAGCUGUAAUGUUAAUAAACAGAGACUUUUAGAAUCGAGAAAACUUAUGAACGGUAAUGUACGUGCGUAUUAAAAAGUGAUUUGGUAUUUUAUAUUCGAAUAUGACCAUCCAUAUUGGUUUGCUAGUAAUAAAAAUAUAAGGUAAUAAAUAGACGCAAUGUCUAAACUUCAA